AUGUUCUAUUUCCUCAUGACAGUUAAGGUGGGAGGCGAGAGCGGUUCCGCAGACACGGCGCGGGACCCCCGCGGUUUCGCGGUGAAGUUCUACUCGGAGGAGGGCAACUGGGACCUGGUGGGUAACAACACCCCCAUCUUCUUCAUCCGAGACCCCAUCCUAUUCCCCAGCUUCAUCCACACGCAGAAGCGUAACCCGAGGACCCACCUCAAAGACCCCGAUAUGUUCUGGGACUUCAUCUCGCUGCGCCCGGAAACGACCCACCAGGCAAGCAUGGCUCCCAGGCCCCGAGAGUGGGGCACGCCCGAUGGUUACCGACACAUGAAUGGAUACGGCAGCCACACCUUCAAGAACGUCAACGCACAGGGAAACGCGGUAUGGGUGAAGUACCACUUCAAGACCGACCAGGGAAUUCGCAACCUUCCCGCCGGAGAGGCCGACGUGAUGCAGGCCACCAACCCCGACUACGCCAUCCAGGACCUGUACAACGCCAUCGCCGAUGGCAAUCCCCCGAGCUGGACUGUUUACGUCCAGGUUAUGGGCCUCGAGGAGGCUGCUCGGUGCAGCUUCAACCCGUUCGACGUGACCAAGGUCUGGCCGCACGCCGACUACCCGCUCAGGGAGGUCGGACGCAUGGUCCUCAACCGGAACCCCACCAACUACUUCGCUGAGGUGGAGCAGAUGGCGUACGCUCCGUCCAACAUGAUUCCGGGAAUCGAACCCUCUCCGGACAAGAUGCUUCAGGGCCGCUUGUUCUCGUACAACGACACUCACCGCCACAGGCUGGGGGCCAACUACCAGCAGAUCCCGGUCAACCGGCCGUUCAACGCCAAAGUGCAGCCCUACCAGCGUGACGGGCCCAUGCGCGUGGACGGCAACAUGACCGACGCCCCUAACUACUUCCCUAACAGCUUCUCUGGACCCGCGGCCGCGGACCCUUCCCACGCGGGCUGGCACGCCGAGAGGGCCACGGGGGACGUGGCUCGCUACCCCACCGGAGACGACGACAACUUCACCCAGGUGUCCGUCUCUCUCUGGUGCUAG